GCUUUCAACAAUAACAACAUGCGAACGGUGUGUUACUAUUUUAUGUGGUUUCACUGUAUCAUAACGUGCGCUUUUUGUUUACGUUGCCGGUAACUGGAAGUUAAUUUCGCAACAUUUAGCCUUUUUUAGGUUUUAAGGGUAAAACUUUGCGGCGUGAGUGUUAUUUUGUUCUACAACGAAAUGGACGUCAGAUAAACGAUGUAGUGUGCCGUUCAUUCUCACGGAAUUUGACUUGGUUGACCUAAGUGAAUGUUUGGGUAUGGGAUUGGUUAAAUGCCGUGGUCAUGAAUUUUUGAAAAGUGAGUAUUAAUUAUUAAAACGCACACAAUGCCGAGUCUACCGCAAAAUAACCUGAAGGAGCAACUGGAGCGACACAAUGCUGCACAAAACAAGCUGUCACUGCUUAAGCCGAAGCCUGGGAAUUUUUGCUUCAAAAAGAAGUCUCCAUCAGGAAACACCAAACCGGAGGUUCCUCAGAAGGUAACUGUUGAAAAUGUGUUAACAAACAGGAGUGUCAAUGUUCCACACAACUUUGAAGUAACAAAAACUCCUGUGACAUUCUCAAAGAAGCCCGAGAAAGCUGCACCCAAAGUCAACUUCUUCACAGCUACCAGCAGACCAAAGGCAAGUACUGUGAACCCACUGGCCAACCCGUUUGCAGUGAGCAAACCCGUUCUUGUCCAGUCUACCAUUAAGGCUAUUCCUAAAUCUGCCAUCUUGCCUGUGGAUUCCAAAAAAGACCGAACUGUGAGUGAACACAAGAGUGACAGCUUCCUUUCCGAUACCAUCAACGAAUGGGAUGACUUGGAUGAUUUUGAAACCCCGGUGAAGGAAAAAGUUGUAUCGCCAUGUGCAUCUACGAAAAAAACAAGUGUAUUGGAACAGAACACAUCCCCAAAUUCCUCUUGUACUAAGAAAGAUGGCACUAGUUUAAAUGGCAGUUCACUUGCUACAGGAACUACAGCUGCCCCAAAGGACUUCAUGUCAGAUGCUAAUGGAAUCGACACAGAAGCUCAUUAGAGAGAACCAGAGGAUUCGCCCAUUAAAAAGACCAAAAAACGUAAGACUACAGUCCAGCAAAAGUCAAUACUGAGUGACACAGAGGAUGAAGAGAUUAUUGACUGCGACCUACCAGCUAAAAAGGAGGAAGAAGAGGCAAAGUGUGUGACAAAUCAGACAGCUGCUGCUGAGGAAGGUAAAAGGGCCGAUACAAAUGACAUCAUAGACAUUGAUGACACAGAGAUGGAUUACUUGUAUGAUAAUUGUGAAGAAUUUGAUGAUUUCAUUCCACCAUCACCUGUUCCUGUGGAUACAAGUCCCCCAAUUUCAGAUAACGAAAGAAGAUUAUCUGACGCUGUUACCAGUGCUGACAAAAAGGCAUCACCUCCCAGAUUUGCUUUAAACUUGGCAGGAUCAUCAGAUGGACUUGCCAAAGAAUCUAAAGGAACGGAUGAUGCUCUUUUCAGUAUUAUGGAAUCUAUUUGUUGUCUAGUGGACACCAUUCCAGAACAUGAGCUUAUUGCUCUGACCUGUGGUUCAGAGUUAUUACUUCAGAGAGCCCGCAGGAAAAGGAUUCUUGCUAAUGGUGCUUCAUCUAAAACAUCUCAGUCAGAUAGAACAGCAACUCCACAUAGUGUACUAAGCAGACAAAGUUUUGGUGUCACACCCUCUAGUCUGAUGUCAUUGGUGACACCGGGACAAAGUGCUAAAACAGGCUUUCAGUUUCGUAAGUCCAUUGCCUCUGUCGUGUCUCUGGAAAAUAACAGCGUAUUUGAGGACUCUGACUGCAUCUUUAAUAGAGUUGAAACCCCUGGAGGUUCCUGGAAUCCCAACAGCUUCUCAAAAACAGAAACUAGUCCGACCUUGAGAAAAUUUGAUUCAAAGUCAGAUAAAUUCUACUCGGGGCUGUCAUUCAAUGAAUCAAACAAUCAAACUACGGAUGCAGAAAAUAUCGACCUAUUCUUUUCUCCUAAAAGGCCGGUGGAUUCUGAGAAAAAAGCUAAAACCAACACAACAAGAGCUAAUGGCACAAAUUCUCGAGCAGACACAGAGCCAGAAGAUGACUUCCUUAUCGAUGACUUUGAAAUCGAUGACUUUGAUGAGACUGAUAUCCCUGAUUAUUAUGAGGAACCUAAAAAUGUCCUGACAUCACCAUCAGUGCGGGAGGGAGUGGCUUCAAAACCCGUGGAGAAAAAGACAGUCAUCACACCAACACAACAACCUACCAAACCUAAACAAAUUGAGCCCACAUAUAGAAACCCAGCUCAUGAUCGCUUCAGAGGCUUCUGCUUCCCUCAUAGCCCAGAGAUGAUGAAGAUCUUCCAUAAGAAAUUUGGGCUUCAUCAGUUCCGAUUCAAUCAGCUGGAGGCCAUUAAUGCCGGUCUGUUAGGGGAGGACACGUUUGUACUUAUGCCUACAGGUGGCGGUAAAAGUCUCUGCUAUCAGCUCCCUGCUUGUAUGUCUGCAGGAGUGACUGUAGUUAUAUCACCUCUACGGUCUCUCAUUGUUGACCAGGUCCAAAAACUCACCACACUGGAUAUCUGUGCUACCAGUUUAUCAGGAGACAAAAGUGAUAGUCAGGCUGCAAGAAUCUAUAUGCAGCUGUCUAGGAAAGAUCCGACCAUCAAACUUAUUUAUGCCACUCCUGAGAAGGUAUCUGCAAGUGGAAGGAUGAUUAGCGCCCUUCAGAAUCUGUAUGAAAGAGGUCUGCUGGCUCGCUUUGUCAUUGAUGAGGCCCAUUGUGUCAGUCAGUGGGGUCAUGACUUUAGGCCAGACUACAAGCGCUUACAUGAGCUCAGACGGAUGUUUCCCAAAGUUCCUAUAAUGGCUCUGACAGCCACUGCCACUCCUAGAGUCCAGAAGGACAUUCUUAACCAGCUAGCAAUGACUCGUCCUCAGGUAUUCACUAUGAGCUUUAACAGGAACAACCUCAAAUACUCUGUUUUGCCAAAAAAGCCCAAGAAGGUUGCUGAGGACUGCAUUCAGUGGAUCAAGAAAUACUAUCCACGUGACUCGGGCAUUGUGUACUGCUUGUCUCGCAACGAUUGUGACACUCUGGCGGACAGUCUACAGAGGGCUGGGAUUGCAGCGCUGGCUUAUCAUGCUGGACUGAGUGACAGCGACAGGGAAUAUGUACAGAACAAAUGGAUCAACCAGGAUGGCUGUGAGGUUAUGUGUGCCACCAUUGCGUUCGGCAUGGGCAUUGACAAGCCUGAUGUGCGUUAUGUGAUUCAUGCCAGUCUGCCUAAAUCAAUGGAGGGUUACUACCAGGAGUCAGGCAGAGCUGGUCGAGAUGGAGAAAUCUCCCACUGUGUGCUCUUUUACGCUUACAGCGAUGUCAUCCGCAUCAAGAGACUCAUUGCUAUGGAUAAAGAUGGAAACCAGCAAUCCAAAGCCACCCACAUCAACAACCUGCACAGUAUGGUGCAUUUCUGUGAGAAUGUAGCUGAGUGCAGGAGGAUCCAGCUGCUGGCAUACUUUGGCGAGCACACGUUUAAUACAAGCUUCUGUAAAGAGCACCCGGAGGUCAUCUGUGACAAUUGUGCCAAACCUAACAAAUACAAAUCAAGAAAUGUCACAGAAGAUGUGAAGAAGAUUGUGAGGUUUGUCCAGGAGAACUGCGAGAAGGUCGGAAACAGAUAUGGCAAAUCCGCCCAGCAGAACAGACUCACCCUGAUCAUGCUGGUUGACAUAUUUCUGGGCUCUAAAACGGCUCGGAUCCAGUCUGGAAUGUUUGGGGUGGGAUCAGCAUAUUCAAAGCACAAUGCUGAGAGGCUUUUUAAGAGACUGGUGCUGGAUAGUGUUCUGAUGGAAGACUUGUUCAUCAAUAGGAACGGUCAGGCUGUGGCCUAUAUAUCAGCAGGUCCUAAAGCCAUGAACGUACUGAGUGGAAGCGUGCAGGUUGAAUUUAUUGAGACUGAGAGUGCAUCCAGCAUCAGAAAACACAAAGCCUCUGUGAUUGAGAGUGUCUCCAAGAGAGAAGAGAUGGUGAAGAAGUGUCUGGAGGAACUUAAUGAUCUGUGCAAGAAACUCGGCAAAGUCUUUGGCAUCCAUUACUACAACAUUUUCUCCACAGCCACACUCAAAAAGAUUGCAGAGACCCUUUCAGCUGAUCCAGAGGUUCUACUGCACAUUGAUGGUGUGACUGAAGAUAAACUGGAGAAAUAUGGAGCUGAGUUUAUUGAACUGCUGCAGAAGUACUCUGAGUGGCAGCUGCCUGCUGAGGAGCAGUGUGAGAGCUCUGGAUGGAUCGACACAACACAAGGCCAUCAGAAUGAUGAAGAAGAUGAUGACGGCGAGGGUGACGGCACAUCAUCUUAUUUCAGAAAAACCUCUGGACGAGGACAGAAAAGAAAGCAAGCAUCUUACUCUAGAAAACCCAAAAGGAGGAAAUCCACUAACCAGAAUUCCUCCUCCAAAGGCGGAUACAGCAAUAACUGGUCUUCAUCAAGAGGGGGAUAUAGAGGUGGGAGUCGCAGUGCAGGCAUAGGUUCCAGACCAGCUCCAGCAGCACAAGCAGGAAAGAGACCCGGCUUCAUGGCUUUGCCCACCCCACAGACUGCUGCUCGCCCAUUCCUGAAACCAUCAUUCUCUCAUUUUUAGUAAGCAGUGGAGUAUUACCACCAAAUGUGUCAAAAUACUUUGUAAACAUGUACUUCUUGUAAACAAACAUUUAAAAUACUUUUUUUAAUUAAUACAUUUUUUGCGGUUUAUAUGUAAAUUCUUUAGUUUAAUUUGACAUUUGUACAGAAUAAAUGUUUUAUUUUAAAUUUUACUGUUGUGUGCA